CUCGGUCUUGUUAAUUUCAAAAAAUGUAUUUCGACGUGGCGAAUUAUUAGAACAAUAUUAAUUAUUUUUGUAUGCAUCUUAUCAGUGUUUGGAAAAUCCAUAUCUGUCAGUAUACAAUUAGUUGAUAUUAAGAACCUUGUCUAUAGUUAAUUCGACACUUAAUUUAAAUCCCGUUUUGCGCUUGGCACUCCUUUUAAAUGAGGAAUAUUCAGAAUUUGCAGUGAAAUAUAUUCCAAAGUGAGUUCAAUAUGAUGCAAAGUGAUGAUUCAGUUAGGCCGAGGCCAUCGGCGUUUGCAUGCACUACUCAUAAAAUAUCACAGAUCUAUCAGCAUAUUUUAGAUGUCUGGACUCCUCACACCAUUGCACGUUGGAUUGGUUCUGGUGUAUUACUGUUAAGUUUCUUAGCACGAGUGUUCAUUUUGCAAGGAUGGUACAUUAUCACAUAUGCAUUGGGAAUUUAUCAACUGAAUCUUUUCCUUGCUUUCCUCACUCCAAAAAUUGAUCCAGCAAUGGGAGAUGAUGAUGGGCCAAGCUUGCCAACUAAAAUGAAUGAAGAAUUUAGACCUUUCAUUCGACGUCUCCCAGAGUUUAAAUUUUGGUACUCGACUACAAAAGCAACACUUAUAGCCCUCCUGUGUACAUUUUUCCAGAUGUUUAAUGUGCCAGUUUUCUGGCCAAUACUUUUAUUGUACUUCCUUACUUUGUUUGGAAUUACUAUGCGGCGGCAAAUUAGGCACAUGAUCAAAUACAGAUACCUUCCAUGGACUAGAGGCAAAACCAAAUACAGAGGCAAAGAAGAUUCAGGGAAAGUAAUUUUAUCAAAAUGAAUGUUCAUUGUGUUGAUCCUGUGAUGCUGAAUGUGUCAGUUAAGUGAAGAAAUUUGCUGUUUCUACUCCAUCAUUGUUUCCACUGAUGAAAAAUAAGUCUGACUGAUGGUGUAGAAUACCAUGUUUGAAAAGGAAUCAAAUUCCUCUUAAAAAUUUUAUUUAAAUGUUAGGGUGAUUGCGUUAAUGCAUUAUUUAUGUGUGAAAUCAAAUUGUAUUAUAAGUGAGCGUUGUUACUAAAGGGCAUGCAAUUCUGUUUUUACAUGAAGAUCAUCAAUAUUGACAAAAAAAAAAAGAAAACCUCGAGUAAAUAGUUUUUAAAAAUAUAACAGAUAAAAUCAAGAAUUCAAUAAAUAUUUCUUAUUUGAAACAUCUGAUUUUAAAAUAUUAAUGCAUUGAAACUUUUAUAUGAAAUUUCUAUGAUUUAUUCACAUUUCUAUACCUCAUUUAAUGAUUUGUUCAUUACAUAUAUAAAUUUAUUAAAAGUAUAAAAUCUGUAGAUUAUCAGUCCUCCCCGUUCAAAUAUUAAGUAAAGAAAUAUUUUCUAGUCUACCAUGUUUCCUACAACCAAAAGAGCCCAAAACACAAACACAUUAACAAAGAUAUGGAAAUACUGUGAGCGAGUCUUCUAGAUAUGGAAAUACUGUGAGCGAGUCUUCUCAAACAAAAUUCAUUUCCAUGCCUGGGGUUGCCUUCCAUUUCCUGUACCUUGCAGGGUUUUUUUUUUAACAGACACAAAAUAAUGCAUUUUGUAUUGAAAAGCCGAGAUUUUGCUUGCUGUGCUGGCAAUUUUCGAAAUUCCGAACAAACAGCACUAUAUACAGUAAAUAUAUUACAUUACUUAAAUCUAUCUCAGUUUUAAAAAUGCAUAUGUUUUUUCUUUUAUUGGUAUGUGAAAAAACAAUGUUGAACAAAGAAUCUACAUUAUCAUAGGAUCAGUUUUGAGUUUCUUAAAUGUUUUAAAAUUAUUAUUUGCUGUAAUGGAGCAAAUGAACAUGCACGUCAGUCUUGUUUGAAUUGAAUAUUAUGUGUUUUUUUCUUUGUUUUUUAUGUUUCAAUAAGUCCUGUUAAGGGGAGUUAGUACCCUUAAAACCUUCAAAAAGAAAAUAUUUUUUCAGUUUUAUGCAGUAUAACUUUGAUUUAACGAUACCUGAUUUAACGAUUUCCUCAAUUUAGUGAUAUAUUUCACUAGUCCCGGUUUGACUGCAUUGAAGGCAGGGAAUUCAAAAAUCAACAAACAAAACUGGAAAAUAGUUUUUUUUUUUUAAUUUAAAGUUGCAAAAAUCAAUGUCCAAAUAUAUAAACUGCCAAAACAUAAAUAAAUAAAUAGUAAUAAUAGUAUUGAUAAUAUUAAUGAAGUUCAGAAAUAAAGUAAAAUAAAAAAUAAUAAUUUUGCUUCUUUUUUUAAAAUUAAAUAUUAAAAUUUUGAUCAUAAAAACAAUCUUUUUAUUGUUUUAAUUAAAAUGUAUCUUGAAUUUCAGUCGUCAAUAUUCAUUGUUCUGCUUAACUUUUUCACGUUUAGGUUCAAGUAAUGAAUGGUUAAGAGAAGGCUUUUUUUUUACCUUGCAUAAAAAGUUCAAUAUAUUCAAUCACCAUGCUAUUAUUACAAAUUCUUAUUUAUUUACCCUCAUUUAUUUAUUAAAAUAUUUAUUGUUCCAAUUUUAUUUCCUGUGAUGCAAUUAUCAAGAUAUUAAUUUUCUUUUUCAAACAUCAGUGUUCGCUCAUUUGUAAUGUCAUUUUCAUACAGGAAUUUUUUUUCCAUAAUUGAGUGGCAACCCUGUCUGUUUCUCGAUUUAACGAUAACUUUUUCCAGUCCCUUGACAGUCGUUAAAAAUCAUUGUUAUACUUCAUAUUCAAACCAAGAGUUUUCAAGUGACAUCAAAUUUAUGUUUCAAUAUAGAUUGAAAGUAACUCAAAUUAAAUAUUAAUAGUACAGGACUGUAUUAAAAUGUACCUACAAUUUUACUUUCGUACGAGGUUUCCUCAAAACGUCGAUUUUAAAAAGUCAUGUUCCUUUUUCUUAAAAACUACUUUACAUAUUACUUCGAAGCUUCCACCACAUUUUAUUUGUCUGUUCAUAACUAUACAGAAGUGAAGUUUUUGCUUUAGGUCUCACCUUUUUCCCUAAACAGUUGUUUUAUGGUCGAAAUUAUGGUUAUGAUUUUUUUUUUUUAAAUUUAAAAGUUGAUUUUAGUUGAAAUUUAAUGAAUUAUGAAACAGACAGAAAUUCCGUAAAUUUUCACUUCAGUGGACUACAGUGGAAGACGUUUAACACAAAGCUUAAGGGACCGAAAUAAUUUUUCAUAUUAAAAGAAUUUUGCAUCAGAAGAUUUGUAUUAAACUGCGCAGUAUACUGUCCGAACUGCAAUACUAAGGUGGGCAGGUAAACGGCAGUAUCUGCAGAAAUGAGUUUUUAGAUAUUUGAAGAAAUGUGUGUUGGAUUCAAUACCAACAAUAGAGAAAUGUUUGAAUUAUAUAUUUUUUCGUGCCUUAUUUUCAGCGGAAAUCAAAUAAGCAAGCUUGUACAAUAAAGCUAAUGUAAAACAAGUGACAAAAAUGCAAAAAAAUGAAAAUUUUGCCAUUGACCUGCCCAGGGCAGUAUCACUUUGUGUGAACCGAUAUUUCAUGUCAAGCCUUUUUGUGUUAAAUGUGUUUCACUGUAUUGGAUAUCGCUAUACGCUGAAAAUUGUAAGUUUCUGUUAUGAAAACUUUUUGUGAAACAGGUAGUUAAUCUGUAUUUUACUGAAUUAUUUUUCUGGAGCAAUGCACAAAAUAAAUUCAUGUAUAUAUACAUAAAAGAUCAUUUUGUGAAAUAUAUUCUAGAUUGCACUCGUAUAGACUACCUCUUUUUUUAUUUGCCACAUUAUUAUAGAACCUUCCCAAUGGUGAACGACUUGUGAUAUUGAAUUUCACCAAAAUGUUACUCUCCAAUGGUUUCUUAUAGAUGUCAUGUGUAUAUUUAUAUGGAUGAGAUUAUGUUAUGUGUUGGAAUUAAAGUUGAAAUUAAUGUUUUGGAAUUUAAGUCUGUUGGUUAAUAUUUCUCAAAACGUGUAAACAGCUUUGAAUUAAGUUUAAAUGAUGUAUUAAUUUUCAUUCCCUCAAUAAAUUGAGGCAGUGAAAGGGAUGUAAGUGGACAUUUUCAAGCUUUGAAUAAAAUGUUUUAAGUUCUGUUCUUAGGUAGGCUUUCACUGAUUUUUUUUUUCUAGAUCAUACUGUACAGCAGCACCCUCCAUGACUACUAGUUCUAUCUCUUACCCUAAAAUAGAGGAGAGGGUCACCUACCAUUUGUACUAGUUAUCUCCAAAUUUUUAGUUUUAGCACUAAUAUACAUUUACUUUGCACUGCCUCAAUUCAUGAAAACACCAUAUGAUUAUGAAUUCCAACAACUUGAAAAUAAAUUAGUUUCUUCGAAUGUUUCUUAAACGCAUUUUUGCUAGGGAAGGUUGGGUAUCAUUUAUGAAAACAGAAUUGUCCGUUUUUGUUUGAACAUUUGGAGAACUAGUUUUGUUUUGAGACUUAAAAACAAAAUUUUCUUUUGCUUUCACAUGAAGUCAUUAGAUCUUAUCUAAUUAUUUCACAUUAAACUGAAUAUUUGAUGAAUUACUCGGAAAUUUCAUGCCAGCACUAAAUUGAAUAAAAGCUAUGCAUUUGAAUUUCAUACAUCAAUUAUUUAUUUCACUAUUCAAAAAGAAAUUUUGUUGUCCUAUCUAUAUAUUUCUCUCCUGUAUUUUUCAGUUGGCUAUAAUUUGCUAAUUCACAAAGAAAUUAUCUUGGUAUUGCACCCCCCCCCCCUCCCUCCUAAAAGGCACAUUGAAGUUUUACAACUGUCAACUCCUUACAGCAAUCAGCAUUAGCAACAUUAUUCAUGAAAUUUAUCCGGAGGAAUAUUAAACAAAUGGAGUUUAAAAUUGUAAUAUGUCUCUAAAUAGAAUAGAAAAUUUCAGUCUCACUAAAUAGCUCAUCACUUUUGUAACCUUUUAUAUGCAGUACGACUCAAAUGUUACUUUUUGAUUGAAAAUCAAAAUUUUGCAUUGUUAUACUUUAUUGUUUCUUGAUAUUGAUGUCUUUAUUUAGAAAAGAAAGUUUUUUAAAAGCUCAAAACAGCUGCUUGCAAUUUGUUUCAUCAAGUAGCUCAUCAAAAUUGUUUGUUGAUUUUGUAAGUUUGAAUUUUCUUGCAACUUUCUCUUUGCUUCUUGUUUAAUCAAAGCAUUUCCAUGCCUUCAUUAGCUUAUUUUUUUAAAUACCUUUGUUAACUUGGGAGAAAAAAAAGUUUAAGUAUUAAAUUUGUUAGGUUAAUCAUUAAACCAAAAUGAGUAUUUUUCAGGGAUAUCUUGUUACUCUGGGCAUUUUUGGUUGAUGAAUCCUGUAGUUGAAACAUUUUUUGUUUUAUAAAUAGUAGAAAUAUCCAUGUUGAUCAGCAGUCCCACCUUCGUAAAUAUUGUGAAGCCCCCUCAACCCCCCCCCCUAAAAGAUUUUAACAGUGCAAUCUGCACCAUGACCCCUCCCCAGAUGGGCACCCCUAAUGUUGAUUAAGCUCUCACUUAACAGAUUAUUUUAUGAAAAGUAAGCUUUGCAGAAGUUCAAACCACAUUGAACAAAUGGUUUCAAGUGCAGUGAGCUGAAAUGGUCAUGUAACAUAUUAUUUGCAUUUCAAAAGGAAGAACAAUUGAGUCACAGAGCACUUAGCACUAAUAACCAUUAAUUAAAAUUCUUCCCUACCCUCCAGCCAAACAAAGAAGCAACAAAACAACUCUGUGCUCCGGAGUACAUAAUGUAUGAUUUAUUAUUAUGCUUUUCCAAAAGUGUAUCCAAAAUGUUUAAAUGCUUUUAGAACAGUGAAUCACUACCUUUUUGAGCACAUCUGUCUGGAGGUUAACUGAUGCCUAUGCCUCCCCCUCCCUUAAAAAAAACAUAAGUUAAUACUAGUGGACAUCAGUAUUAAUUAUAAUACAAAUGCCUAGUUUCGAGUUGAAGUAAAAUGUAUGUAAUAAAGCAAUUUCAUUCAAUUACUCUUAAACUAAAAAAAUUUAAAUAAAUGCAGAAAAGUAUUUUUUGACACUUUUUUUUUCUUUUCUUUCUUUUACAAAACAAACCAAUAGGUAUUUACAGGGAUACCCUUAACUAAGAUCAUUGAUGUAGUAUUCAAAAAUAGAAGUAAGUUUUUUAUGAAAUUAUUUUCUUUUUACAAUUUUAAUUUGGUGGAAUUAAAUACACCGACACUUGCUAUAUAUAAAAGAAAAAAAGUUGGAAAAUUCAUAAAUUUGAUGAUGAAUAUGGAGAAAAUUCCUAAUGGCUCAACCGAGGUCUGAGAAGAGAUCUCCUGAACUAAUGUAUUUCUUUUUUUUUAACUUGUGAUUUCUUGUCAGAAUUAUAAAAAAUCAGUUUUGUAUACAUUUUUUAUUUGAGUAUUUGCUGGGGUUUUAUUACUAUUAUUAUGUCCUUCAAGUACUCAUCGCCCCUUUGCGGGUGAUCGCUUCCAGGUUGAGAACCACUGCUUUAGGAAAAGUGCUUAGUACAGUAGAAGCUCAUUUAUUCGAUUCUCUGGUUUAUCUGGAUCAAAUUUGUGGAUUUUCAAAAAGUUUUUCAUUCACACAAAUAAUAAUCUUAAAUUAUGCUAGAUAAACUGUUAGGGCAUUGAACAUUCACUUUUUACAUGCAAUAUACCAGACAGCCCAUUUAUCACAUCCUGAGGCUGCAGUUUCUAUCAGAACCCUUCAGUCAGGAAUAGUGAAUAACCAAGGCAGAGGAUUUAGUUUUGCCUUCGCCCUGGCUUAGGGAUAAAGCAAAAUUCAUUUUUUAGUUUGAUUAAAUGUACUCCUGCAUAAAUUACCCAAUAAAUAAGGAAGUUUU